AUGUACCUGGAAAAGACGGGCAAUGAUUUUGGUGCCAUCAAUUUUGAAAAACCUGCCGGAAUGUACAAUCAGGUGUCGAUUGACAAUGAAAGACUGACCAAAGAGUGUCGAAACCCGCAAUCGGGUGCACCACCGACAAAACUCUCAAAGCCGCUGUAUGAAUUGAUGCAGCUGUUGUACGGUGAUGGCAAGGUGUUCAAAUCGACAUUGGUGGCAUAUUGUUUCGAUUUGGACAGUAUGCCGCUGGGUAAAUUGAACAAGACUCAAAUUCAGGCUGUGAUCAGUCUUUUGGUUACGAUCUCAUCGUUGCAAAGUUCCGAGAACAUCAAUCAAAUAAUUGCUGCAUCGAAUCAGUUCUACUCGAUUUUCCCGCACAGUUUUGGUGACCGCCAACAACCACCAGUGAUCAACACGUAUGAAAUGAUCCAAAGGAACAUUAAUAUGCUGCAACAUUUACUGCAAAAGGAGUACAGAUACGAAUUUCUGACCAGCGAAUUGAACAUGGAGAAAAAUCUGCUGGAUUUGUGCUACGAACACCUUCAGGACUCGGCCGAAAUCACCAUGCUGAAUAAGGCGUCGGAAGACAAGUAG